AUGGAUGACAGGUUCUACCCGGUGAUCUUCCCAGAUGCACGGAAUUUCCGCCCCUUCACUUCUGACUCUCUGGCUGCAAUCGAGAAGCGGAUCGCCAUCCAAAAGGAGAAAAAGAAGCUCAAAGGCCAGACAGUGGCAGAGCCCCAGCCUCGACCUCAGCUUGAUCUAAAGGCCUCUAGGACAUUGCCCAAGCUCUAUGGGGGCAUUCCCCAUGAGCUGAUAGGGAAGCCCCUGGAAGACUUGGACCCAUUCUACAGAAAUCAUAAGACAUUUAUGGUGUUGAACAAACAGAGAACAAUCUACCGCUUCAGUGCCAAGCGUGCCUUGUUCAUUUUGGGACCUUUCAAUCCAAUCAGAAGUUUAGCCAUUAGAAUCUCAGUCCAUUCAUUGUUCAGCAUGUUAAUCAUCUGCACUGUCAUCAUCAACUGUGUGUUCAUGGCUAGAGGUCACGGCAAGGACAGCAGUAACAUAAACACCGAAGGUGCCGAGUAUGUCUUCACUGGGAUUUAUAUUUUUGAAGCUUUUAUAAAAAUAUUGGCAAGAGGUUUUGUUCUGGAUGAGUUUUCCUUCCUUCGAGAUCCAUGGAACUGGCUGGACUCCAUUGUCAUUGGAACAGCGAUUGUAUCAUAUCUUCCAGAUAUCAAUAUCAAUCUGUCGCCCCUGCGUACCUUCCGAGUGUUCAGAGCUUUGAAAGCAAUUUCAGUAGUUUCAGGUCUGAAAGUCAUUGUGGGGGCCCUGCUGCGCUCUAUGAAGAAGCUUGUCAACGUGAUGAUUCUGACCCUCUUCUGUCUCAGCAUCUUUGCCCUGGUAGGUCAGCAGCUCUUCAUGGGACAUCUGAACCAGAAAUGUAUCAGGAUUGACUGUAAGAAUGUCAGUCACCUUGCAGACUAUUGCUUUGAAAAGAAAGGAAAUUCCUCUGAAUUCAGAAUGUGUGGCAGCUGGUUGGGUAGCAGUGCCUGCUCUGACCAAUUUAAAUGCAUCCACACCAAAAUUAAUCCUGACUAUAAUUACACGAAUUUUGACAACUUUGGCUGGUCUUUUCUUGCCAUGUUCCGGCUUAUGACCCAAGAUUCCUGGGAGAAGCUGUAUCAACAGACCCUACGUACCUCUGGGCUCUACUCAGUCUUCUUCUUCGUGGUGGUCAUCUUCCUGGGCUCUAUCUACCUGCUUAACUUAACCCUGGCUGUCGUCACCAUGGCUUAUGAGGAGCAGAACAGGAAUGUAGCCGCAGAGACAGAGGCCAAAGAAAAGAUGUUUCAGGAAGCCCAGCAGCUGUUAAAGGAGGAAAAGGAGGCUCUGGUUGCCAUGGGAAUUGACAGAAGUUCACUUAAUUCCCUUGAAGCAUCAUCUUUUUCCCCAAAGAAAAGAAAGUUCUUUGGUAAUAAGAAAAGGAAGUCCUUCUUUUUGAGAGAGUCUGGGAAAGACCAGACGCCAGGAUCAGAUUCUGAUGAAGACUCCCACAAAAUGCCACACCUCCUAAAGCAAACCAAACGACUGUCCCAGAAUCUGUCACUGGACCACUUUGAUGAGCAUGGAGACCCCUUCCAAAGGCAGAGGGCGCUGAGUGCUGUCAGCAUCCUCACCAUCACUAUGCAGGAACAAGAAAAAUUACAGGAGCCUUGUCUCCCAUGCGGGGAAAACCUGGCAUCCAAAUACCUUGUGUGGGACUGUUGCCCCCAGUGGCUGUGCAUUAAGAAGACCCUGAGAACCGUGAUGACUGACCCCUUCACUGAGCUGGCCACCACCAUCUGCAUCAUAAUCAACACUGUCUUCUUGGCCAUGGAGCAUCACAAUAUGGAGGAGGGUUUUAAGACUAUGUUGAAUACAGGGAAUUUGGUUUUCACUGGCAUUUUUAUAGCAGAAAUGUGCUUAAAAAUCAUUGCUCUCGAUCCCUACCACUACUUUCGCCGAGGCUGGAACAUUUUCGACAGCAUCGUUGCUCUUCUGAGUUUUGCAGAUGUGAUGAGCAGUAAAUUUGUAAAGCAAAGUUUGCCAUUCUUGCGUUCCUUCAGAGUGCUGAGGAUUUUCAAGUUAGCCAAAUCCUGGCCAACUUUAAACACACUAAUUAAGAUAAUCGGCCAUUCUGUUGGAGCCCUUGGAAACCUGACUGUGGUCCUGGCUAUUGUGAUAUUUAUUUUCUCAGUAGUUGGUAUGCAGCUUUUUGGCUCUAAAUUCAGUUCCCAAAAGAGUGAAAAAUCUUGUGAUCCUACAGUCUCAUGUUUACGGCGCUGGCACAUGGAGGAUUUCUACCACUCCUUCCUGGUGGUAUUCCGCAUCCUCUGUGGGGAGUGGAUCGAAAACAUGUGGGAAUGUAUGCAAGAAGCUGACCCGUCAUUGUGUGUUAUUGUCUUUGUGUUGAUCGUGGUGAUAGGAAAACUUGUGGUGCUCAAUCUCUUCAUUGCAUUAUUGCUAAAUUCCUUCAGCAACGAGGAGAGAGAUGGAAACUUAGAAGGACAGGCCAAGAAAACGAAAGUCCAGUUAGCCCUGGAUCGGUUCUACUGGGCUUUUUGUUUUGUGAUGCGCUCUCUUGAGCAUAUCUGUCGCAAGCGGUGCAGGAGGCAAGACUUAUCAAAGCAAAAAGAGAUGACAGGAGGCCCUGCUCCAGAGAGUAAAGAUAUCAUUUCCCUGGUGGCAGAGAUGAAAAGGGGCCCAGAGACCCAGGAAGAGUUUGGUGUACUAAGCUCUGCACCGAAGGCCUUGGGCAUCAGGCAUGAUCGGACUUGGUUGGCCCCACUUGCAGAGGAAGAAGAUGAUGUUGAAUUUCCUGGUGAAGAUAAUGCACAGCCCACCACACAGCCUGAGGCUAAAAGACAG